CCAGGUGGAUUUGCCUUUCCUUGUGGAGCAGAUUUCCAGCAUGACCCGGAGAGCGUUCCUGCAGAUGUUGAAACGCGAGCAGCUGACCCCAGAACAGCUGGAGUAUGUUCAAGAUGUAAGACGGCGGAGUAAGAAUCGCGUGGCUGCGCAGCGCUGUCGCAAGAGGAAGUUAGACUGCAUUUACCGUCUGGAAGGAGACAUCAAGAAACUGAAAUGCGAAAGGGAGAAACUGCUUCAAGACCACAACCAGCUGAAGCUCAGCAUGGAGGACUUGCGUCAGAAGCUGUCAGGUCUGUGUCAGAGUCUCAGCCUUGACUCUUCACCGCAGUCCGAGCAACUGCAAGCACUGGUCAGGUACGUCUCCUCCGACUGUCCUACAUCCAUCCUCCUCACCCCCAUGGCCUCCCCGAGCCUGGCUGGCCCAGAGCGGGACGCCCAAGCAAACGCCUCCCUGGAUGCCUUUCUGGCAGAAACAUGUCCUGAAGGAGACACCGUAGCACUCAGGUCUCCCUCUGCCUUCCUGGAAGAGCACGAUCAGAGCACUGUUACAGAUCCUGCUCUAUGACGUACAAACAGAUCAAAGCAGCCUGAGAUUGGUCUGGGAUUGGUCGUUACUCAGGAGCUUACCUUUCUGCUGCCGCCAGUUACACUUUUAUGAGCAUGACUUUCUUAAUAGGUGCACUUUCGUAAUGUUUCUAAAGUAUGGAUGUGACUCAGUUUUGCACUACUACUAGGAGUUUGUAUGGAAAUGCGACUAAGCCUUUUGCUCCUUGUUUGCUGUUACGUCGUAUAUUAGGGUUGUCAUGAUACUGGGAUUCAAUACUAAUCGAUACUGAAAUUUUAAAAACGUCCAUUUCUUGCUAACAUUUGAGCUCUGUUAAGUACAUUCUUAAACAUCGCUGAUUUGCCAUUGUGUCCACGUGCUCAACAGAAAUGACUGAUUGGUUGUGAAGGUCAUUUGUCUGCAGAUCACUCGUUUGUCAGCUUAUAGACAAACCAGCUGAUCGACGUGACUUUGAAACACUCCAGUGUCCCUGUAUCUGUGGUUACACUUAAACAGCGGUGAGUUCGGUGAGCUGAUGGCCUUCACGGCCACAGUCAUAUCUGUUUACUUGAACACGUGAACACAAUGGCAAAUCAGCGCUGUUUAAGAAUGUGUUCAACAUCGCUCAAAUGUUCGCAGUAAAUGGACGUUUUCAGUAAAAUUUCAGCAUCAAUUGACAUCGAAUUCCAGUAUCGGAUUCCAGUGUACCCAAUCGUAUAAGGGGUCAUUCUUUUUAUGUUGGAUAUUUUCAACUUUCUUUGGCUUUUCCUAAAGUGUCAUUUCUGUCAUUAAUUACCCUCAUGUCGUUCAUAACCUUUGCUCAUCUUCAGAGCAAAAAUUACGAUAUUUUAAAUCUGAGAGUUUUUUGACCAUUCAUAAAAACAGGGUUCCCAUAAUUUCAUGAGCAGCAGUUUCAGGGAUCUUUUUAAAGCACCACUUAUUUUAAAUCAAGCACCUUUGUAAUUCAUACCCUCAUAUAUGUAGCAAAAUGAAAGUCCUUACUGUACUUAACAUUUCACUUGCACUUAAUAUUUACACUAAAAAGUCAUUUUCAAAUGUUUUUAAUAUUUUAAAUAUUCCAUAUUCAAAGAACUUUUAUAAAAUUGGUUAAAUUAAGGAAUUGUAAAAUUCAAAUGCGGUUUCUGAAAUAUGAAUCAAAUGUGCAUUAUUUGUCAGUGUUAUUGUGCAAGAUUUAUGUGUAAGAUUUUUAUUGAAGAUUUUCUCACUUUUUUCAUUCUGAUUUUGACAAUUAAGUACAAUUGUUGAAAUAAAACCAUAUACAGAUUUUAUUUCAAAUUUAUUUCAAGCACUUUCAAGGAUCUACUGUAUGUUUGUUUUUAAGCACUAAGUAGUCCAUGUGUCUGAAAUUCAAGUACUUUUAAGUACUUUCAACAACCAUGUAAAUAGCAAGGGUCAAGAAACCCAGAGUCCAGAUCAGGAAUCAAAAACAUCCUCAAAAACAUUAGCAGUGGUGCAACUGUAUUGUUUAAUUAGGAAUAUUUUUUAUGCAAAAUAAAUCAACGAAUAACAACAAA